UACAUAUUUAUAUCCCUGAGAGCAAUAAAGUCUACAAAUGGUAGUUGUUGUUUAUAAGCUUCUCAAGUUGUAGUUUUCUCUUGUUAUUAUAAUUUAUCUGGGGACUUGCCUUUCUCUCCCUCUCUCUUUCUUUUUCUAUCUUUCCUUUAGGACAACAAGGAUUUUGCUUUUUAAUUACUGUUGAAGAAGAGGAUGGUCAGUUUGUGAUGGUUUGACAGAGAGAUAAAAGAAACAGAGAGAGAUUAAUGGGGGGUUGUGUUUCAACGCCAGAAGGAUGUGUAGGUGGUAGAUUAAGGUCUUCCAAGAAGAAAACAAGAAAAAAGAAGAAAGGGAUCAGAAGAAGAGUUUCAUCAAGAUUAUCUGAUCAUGGAUCCCUUGAUAGACCUUCUUCUGCUGUUCCUCCUGCUGCUGCUCCACCUGAUCAUCUCUCCUCCUUCUCUAACCCCACUUUUCAAGGAAGUAUAGAGGACGCCUGGUUCGACUCAGUUGCAAUAUUUGAAUCUGAUUGUGAAGAAGAUUAUGAAAGUGUUCCCGAUGAUUUGUUAUCUUUAAAUGGCUCUGAUGGCCUACCACAGUCUGCAUUUAGCAGAGACACAAAUCAUGGAAACCGCACUAGCAAUAUCCAACAUACAUCUUCAAGUGAUCAGAUGAAGAAGGCAGGAGAUCUUUCAGCAGGAAACUCUGCUCGGAACUCUGUCAGCGAGGCUUCCGUUUCAAAAUUUGACGGACCUUCAAAUGAAGCCAAGCAACCUGUGUUUCUUGAUGAAAUUGCAUCCUCUGCAGAUGAAAAUGCUGGUAAGGAGGAAGGACUAUUAGAGAAUUGUGGAAUUCUUCCAGGAAACUGUUUGCCUUGCCUUGCUUCAACUGUUUCACAAGUUGAAAAGAGAAGAUCAUUAAGCUCUAGUCCACCAAGUGCAAGGAAAAAGGCUGCCCUGAAACUCUCAUUCAAAUGGAAAGAAGGGCAUGCAAAUAAUUCUCUUUUUUCAUCAAAGCCAAUUCUGCAGAGACCAAUAGCUGGUUCCCAAGUACCAUUUUGCCCGAUGGAUAAGAAAAUGCUCGAUUGUUGGUCACAUAUAGAGCCAGGUAGUUUCAAAGUUCGGGGACAGAAUUAUUUGAGGGACAAGAAGAAGGAGUUUGCUCCUGCUCAUGCUGCAUAUUAUCCAUUUGGGGUUGAUGUAUUCUUAUCUCCUCGAAAAAUUGAUCAUAUUGCUCGAUUUGUUGAGCUCCCCGUAAUAAAUUCUUCUGGGAAGCUCCCCACUAUUCUUGUUGUAAAUGUUCAGAUUCCAUUAUAUACUGCUGCACUUUUCCAGAGUGAAGUUGAUGGAGAAGGAAUGAAUUUUGUUUUGUAUUUUAAGCUUUCUGAGAGUUACUCAAAAGAGCUCCCAGCCCACUUUCAAGAAAGUAUUAGGCGGAUAAUUGACGAUGAAGUUGAAAAAGUCAAGGGAUUCCCUGUAGAUACAAUUGUACCCUAUCGAGAAAGACUCAAGAUAUUGGGUCGAGUUGUAAACGUAGAUGAUCUUCAUUUAAGUUCUGCAGAGAGAAAGCUUAUGCAAGCUUACAAUGAAAAACCUGUUCUUUCGCGUCCUCAGCAUGAGUUUUAUUUAGGGGAAAACUACUUCGAGAUUGACAUAGACAUGCAUAGGUUCAGUUACAUCUCUAGGAAAGGUUUUGAAGCAUUUCUAGACAGACUCAAAAUUUGUAUCCUGGAUGUUGGCCUCACUAUACAGGGGAACAAAGCUGAAGAGUUGCCAGAGCAGAUAUUGUGUUGUGUAAGGUUAAAUGGAAUUGAUUACAUGAAUUACCAUCAACUAGGGUUAAAUCAAGACCCUUUUGAUGCACUAAGUGCUUAACGAUGUAAUAGCAAAAUAUCUAGUAAAGGCUAAUUUUGCGGAGAAA